UGCAGAAAAGUGUCCAAUAAGAAUAAUUGUUACUAAAACACGUCGGAAGUUUUCAUUCCACCAUUAUUCCGAAGGCUCAGAUGGGGGACGAAUUAAAUUGACCUGACACGUAACCAAAUUUCUGUUUUAUUAUCACAGAAACAUUAUUUACAGAGAGGGGCGUGGUAAACUUGGUAAAAAGUAUCCCAUCGGGUUGUCUAGAAAUUUUCAGGAUGGAUCCUCAGGUUAUCAUGAUAGGUAUUGUUGCCUUUGUUGUCUCAGCUGUGCUGAUAUAUCUAAUAUCUGCAUUUGGAUUCAAAGAGAAGUCGUAUGAGGAGGCUAUAGCUGAACAGAAGAAGAGACUAGAAGCUGAGCAAGAUAAGGUUAGAAAAGAAAAGAAAGCUGAGAAAGAAAAGAAAAAGGGAAAGAAAAGUAAAGACAAGCCAAAAGAAAAGAAUGUGCAACAGGUGAAUGAUACAGAGCCAGAGAGAAAAAUGGUAAACUUGGAAAUUGAACCAGAAAUCAUUGAACCACAGUUAAGUAGUGACCAGGAAAGUAAACCAAAGUCAAAGGCAAAGAAAAACCCAAAACCUAUACUAUUAAACAAAGAUGAAAAGCCAAAAGUUGCACCUCAAAUGCAAGAGACAAUUCAUUUUAAGGCAACUCCAAAAGAUGAGGUAGAAUUACUCCAUGAACAUGAAAAAGAAAGAAAAACAUCACAUACCAAACCAAAGAAAGAAGAAAAGAUUAAAAUUGAAAUGAAAGAAGUUAAAAAAGCACAGCCAGUUGUAGAGGACAUGGUUAUAGUGCAGACUCAGAAACUUCAAGCUGCAGCACCAACUCCAGAGAAGAAAGUUAAGAAAGCAUUAGAAAAUGAUGUCAGGCAGAUUGUAUCAUCCAUUCAAAGUGCAUCAUUAAAUGAUGGGGAAAUACAAAAAUUGAUUGAUAUUCUUCUGAACAGACAAAGUGGAACUGAUCAAUCCACAACUAUUGAAUCUUGGAAUAAGAAAGGCCAGAAAGGUGAUCCAAUUGCAUUGUUAAAAAGACAGCUUGAAGAGAAAGAAAAAGGAUUGCAAGAAGAACAACAACUGGCAAUGUCUAGCAAUAACAAGUACAAAGAGCUAAAACAGGAAGUACAGAAAGAUAAAGCCAGAUUUGCUGCAAUUGAGAAACAGUACCAGGACAAAGUUGCUGGUAAAGAACAGGAAUUCCAAGCCCUGCAGUUGAGAAUGCAAACAGCUAUCAAUGAAAAUAUGGCUGACAGAAAUGCAACACAGGCCAGAAUUCAGCAGCUUGAAAGGCAAUGUGGAGAUCAGAGUAGAUAUACACAGCUUAUUGAGGAAAACAAAAAAUUGAAAGAGCAAUAUGAAAGAGUCAAGGCUGAAGCUGUACCUCAAGCAGAAUUUAUCAGUUUGAGACAAAAGGUUUCCAUAAUGGAAAAUGAAUUGUCAAAUAAUUGUUCUAAAUUGAAUGUGAGUGAAAAUACAAGAAGAACACUGGAAAGUAAACUUUCUAAAUAUGAAGAAGAAAAGAAGAAAUUAAUUGGAGUACAGGGUGAUAGUGAAGGUGUUUGGUCAAAGAGGGUAGAUGAGGUUAAUCAACAGUUAAGGAAGAGUGAGGCAGAGAAAAAUAAUUUAUCAAAGAACUUAAAGGCUGCAGAAAAGGAAUGUUCUGAUGUCAAGAGUCAACUACAAGAUCUUAAUAAAGCAUUAUCGGGAAAUGAUAAUGUGUCAAAAGAAUUAGAAGUCAAAUUAAAGGGAGCUGAAAAAGAGAGAAGUUUAUUAGAGACAUCCUUAAAAGCUGUAGAAAAGAAGCUUGCAGAAAUUGAAAAAGAAAAGGAUACAGCUCAAAAAGAAAAAUCUGAAUUUCAAACAGAACUGAAGAAAAUUCAGGAAGAAAAGAAAAAAUUGGAUGAUGAAGUAAAAAUGACAAAAGAGAAAUUAGUUAAGUCAGAAGAAUCUGCUAAAACAGCAUCUGCGCCAAAUGGAGAUAUACAUAAUGAGACAAGUGGAAACAAAAUUACAAUGGUUGAACAUGAAAAAAUAUUAUCAGAGAAAACAGUUGAGGUAAAGAAAUUAACAACAGAAGUUGAAAGUAGAAAGAAUGAAAUAACUAAGAUACAGGAACAGCUAACAGCACAGAAAAAUGAAGUGAAUAAUAUGCAAGAACAAUUAAAAUCUUUGAAAAAUGAAAAUUCAAAUCUCAAAAGUCAAUAUGACAACCAAACUCAAGAACUGUCUAGUGUCAAGGCAGAUAUUGGGAAGAAACAGUCUGCAGUGUCAUCAGAAACUGAACAGCUGAAAAAACUUCAAGCUGACAUUGAUGCACAAAAGAAAAAGAAUAAUGACUUAAGAGAAAAGAAUUGGAAAGCAAUGGAUGCUUUAGAUAAAACUGAAAAGUCUUGUUCUGACAAAGUUCAGAAAGCAGUUAAAGAAACAAAGGAGCAAGAACAGAUUAUGGUCACAAAUACACAAAAGUCAGACCAGGCAUUACUUCAGAGGUUGUUUCCUGAUGUUAAAGUUAGUGAAAAAUUAGUUCAUAAAGAAUGGAUGUCCACAUUUGAAAAGGAAAUCCAGACAUAUUUAGUCACCUUAAAGUCACAAAAAGGAAGUGCCAAAUCAGAUGAUUCCUCAAAAUUAAUAGAAGACAACAAAAGAUUAGAGUCCCAAGUUGAGGAGUUCAAAACAGUUUUACAAACUACAGAAAAUAAAUUACAGCAGUUGGAGAAUAGUGUUGAAGGUGAAGAAAGAAAGUGGCAACAGAAAUUACAAGAAUUACAAUUAGAUCUUGAGCAGUCGCGGCAAGACAAUUCAACAUUAAAAGUUGAAUUAGAAAAAUCUAAAGGCAGUGCAGAGGCCUUAGGUGAAUUGGACUUUGCUUAUCGAUGUUUAGAGAAAAGUAUAACAAAAAUUACAGAUGAGAUGACAGAAAAGGUCACAGGUUUAAAAGAUAGACUUAAAGAUUCAGAAGACAGAUGUUUACAGUUUCAAAAUAAGGCAAAGGAGGCUGAAGUGAGAAUCUCAUCAUUAGAAGAAGAACUUAAUGAAAAGAAUAAUAUUACACAAAAUUUAGAUGAUUUACUGAAGAAAAUAGAAGAACUAAAGAAGAGUAAUAAAGAUUUGGCCUCUACAAAUGUACGGUUAAAUGGUAUCAUAAAAACUGGUCAAGAUUCUUUAUCCAAAGAAACAGAAUUAGUCAAUGAGCUACGCAAACAGAUAGAAGAGAGAAACAAGUCAUCUGGAGCAACACCUAGUCAAGAAAAUGAAGAUUUGAAGAAAAAGUUAGCUGAUGCAGAAAAACAGCUAGAUAAAGAAAUUACAGCAAAUAAACAGAUGUCACAGAAAUUGAGUGAAUCUACGGAGCCCAAGUCUGAAACCUGAUUUGACAGGCUCAAUUAGGGGUUAUGGCUGCUUCUCAGGUAAAUGACCUGGGUACACAGGUGUAAGCUGUUACUAUGGAGGACCAGAAAAACAACUCUAAACAGACAUAAUCUUUCUUGUAGUUGUUAGAAUGUUACAUUAUGUUUAUCUACCAUGUUUAUUAUAAAGGAAAGGAUUUCACAAGCAAGAUAAACUGUCCAUUAUACAAUAUCUAACUGUGAUUAUUUAUAAUUCUCUCAUGUAUAAUAUAUGCCUGAAUUUAAAUCAGAUAUAAUUUAGAUUCAACUAAUGUAAGAAAAUUCAAGAAAACUGCAAAAUUGCAAAAAUUAAUUGCGAGCAUCAUAAACAUAGUUUAUCAAGGCAUCUGCUACUACGCAUUAAGUAGAAAAAUUGAUGUAAACCAGGUGGAUUUAAAUUUCAUAAUGUAUUAUUUUUUACAACAGAAAUGUUAUCAUUGAUCCAUGACACACUGAUUAGAUGUAAAAUCUAUAAAUAAAUAAAAAUAAUAAAAAAUAACAAAUACAACCAAAAAAGGAUUUUUAAAAAUAAAUAAUAUUUAUUAAUGAAUUAGUGCUUAAUUUUGCAAUAAUUUGACUGUUUGUGUGCCAUUUAAUGUUGUUCUGUCACUACCAGAGAUAUAUUUGUGAAAAAUUGUUGGUUUUCUUGGAAAAACCUCUGCCAUGUGCAAUAUAUAACAAUCAUAGAUAAACUGAUGAAAAUUGUUUUCAUGUAAUGUGAACAUGCUAACAGCAAUCUAAUAUUGACUCUUUAACUGAAGAAAAAAUACAAUUGAAAUUCAACAAACUAUUCUAUGAAGCCAGUUAUAAACAUUGUUGUCUCUAUAAAUAAUUUUUAUCCAUUUAAGCCAUGUUAUAAGAUUUUAUGACAAGAUUUUUGAUUUAAAAAAAAAGCAUUGUUUCACAUUUUGGGCUUUCACAUUGUUGUAACUAAUACUUGUAUAUUAUGAAUUAACAAAAAUCAAAAUGAAAUUUCAUGAUAAAGGUCAAGUGGAUUUAAUUAGAAUCCUAUGAAGGCUUAUAUUACUAACAUAAAUGAAUAUAAAUAUGCAAAAAGAUUCUGUUGAUAGAUAUCAUUGAAAUGUGGUUAUAAAUGAAAGAUUUGUGAAAUCUUAUUUUUUGAAGGUAUAGAUGUUUAUAAAGUAUUUGUCUUACAAUUUUCUGGAACACUCAAUAAACAUUUGGGUAAGGUCUAUAAUUUUUUAGAAAAUAAAACAAAAAUUUAGGGCACCCAUGCUCUAUUAGGCACAACCCCAAAUUCUGAAUUAAAAAAAAUCAUUGUAAAUUAACAUUUCAACAUGUCCAGUAAUUGAUUAUCACCAAAUUGCAGCAAAUCACUUCAGCUUGAUCCUAAAAAUGAUGAAAUAAGAACCCAGCUAAAGUGCUUUUUUUUUUUUCACUAUUCUUGUAUUUAUAUUGAACAACAUAUACCAUUACAUCAAUCUAAGGUCAACACAUAGAUUAAAUCAGUGGCAUACAGGUGUUACAAUAUGCACUUGAAAUCAAAGCUUUUUAAAAAUUCUAGCUCAUAAAUGUUGUAGAGUAAGUGAACUUUGAAAAAGAAAGUGCCUAUUGUUAGUUGUUUGCAAAAUUAUUUACACAUACUUUAAGUAUAGAUUUUCUUCUUGAACAUUAUAUGUUCAUUUGUUGUUGGGUUUUUGUCUCCUUGACAUUUUCCCCUUUAUCUUUUAUCUGUUGGAAUUAAAGCAGAAAUUUAUUUUUGUCAGUAAAAAAACAAAUAAUACAGAGUAUAUGUUAUAAAGUUAUACUAUAACAAAUUUAUAAGAAUAUAAAUUGCAUAACCUCAUAUUUCUUUUAAUCACUUGUAUCUCACAUCUUGCACUUGCAAACUAAUUAUACCGGUAUAUCCUUCACAGUUAGGCUAGGCUAAGCACGUUAUUAUUUUUAUUCACUCAUUGUAAAAGUGUUCAUCUAGUCAUAUGUUAUUUGUUUUUAUGGUUUUCUUGUUUGUUUUGAUGGGACAGCUUUAAUUUACUUAUCAUACAGUCAGUUAAAAAAUUAGCUUGGAAUAAAGUGUAAAAUUGAGUUAAUGCCAUAUGCAAAUCAAAUGAAACAUACCAGAUUAAUAAAGGAAUGAACACAUUUUUUAUUGUUUCACUUGUUAAAAAGAGUUGACAAAUAAGGAUGAAUAUCACUUCAACAUGAUUUGUUGUAUUGCAGUAUUUGUUUAAUUGGAGAAAGCAUUGUUUUUUGUGGAUUCCCAUAGCCAAACAAGUAAUUAUUUCAGGAUAUAUCUGAAACUCAAUUAAACUACCCAAUAAAGGCCAACCAACCUUGGUAUUAUCUUCAACCUCUUUCUCAUUUUUAUAAUUCAUGAGUUUCAUAAGCCAAAUACAUAUCUUCAACUCUCAUCAGUAGCUUGCCAAUCAUUUUCUGUAAAGGGAAGAUUUACACCUGCUAUAAAUGUAUUUCUAUCCCAUUGAAUUCAAUUGUUUCAUUUACCAACCAAAACUGGACUUUGUCUUUUUUUGGCGCUUGCAUGUAGCUUUUAGUAAAUAUUUAUACAUAUCUUCAAUCAAAAACUUCACUUCUUACUAAUAUAAGUCAUUUUUUUUAAUCCAGAAUUGACUCUUAUUCAGAAUCAUAUUUGAAUAAAGUUACUUUCCGUUCAGGAGGGCAGGUAUAUUUUAUAAAAAAGUUCACUGCAAUGCAAAGCUGUGAGGAAAAUACAAUAAAGAGGUAUUUAUAGCUGCCUCUUCCAGCAUUUUGAAUUGGAUUACACAAUUGUUCAAAGUUCAAAUACCAUAUUUAUACAAACCUUAUAUUGCAUUCAAAUUAAAGGAGAAUAAGCAAAAGCUAUGAAUAUCUCUGAACUGUAGCUUACCAUUGCAGCCAACCAGUUGUACUCCCAUUAAAUGAAUGUAUCUUGUAUCAAAAUAUAAGAGUCACUUAAGGAUUCAGAUUAACUUGUUUAAAAGAGCAAUAAGGUUUCAUGUUCAUACAAGGUUUAUGUAUUUUACAUACACAAUUCAAGACCGAACUUCAGAAACUUAUAGCACUUUUUGCAAGAACUUUUAUAAUUUUGUAAAGUCAGUAUGCUUGAACCCUUUUACAUUUCGCUUAUUUUUCGAAGAUGACAUAGAUGUUGUGUAUGUGACAUAGUUUGAAUUUUUUUUGGAAAGGGCUCAUUAAAGUUUGUUUAUAUAUUUGAUUAAUAUAUGAAAAGUAGAACAUAAUCAUUUGUCAUAACAUUUUGGUGAAAUGAUCAGUAAAAACUAGCUCUUGAUCAUUUUCAACUUUAGGAAAAAAUAUGCACUUUAGUAUAUAACACCAGAAGUCAAAAUAAGAAGCCCAAAAUGUUUUCCUCAUUUUAUAGAAAUAAAUUAAAACAACCUUUUUAUCAUCUUCUGAAACAUUGCUUAAUUCAACAUUGGUUCAAAAUUACUGGGAAAAAAGUUGAGAGUGACUUCCAGAAAAGUUCAUUUUAUUUAAAACAACUGCUAAUAUUGAUAUAAAUUGACCUCUGACUGUAUAAAGAGAUAAGUUAUGUUAUUGCAAGUCCCAUCAGCGGUUUAUUUUCUGUCUUCCAUGUUUCAAUUUGUUGUACUUUGCUAGUUCAGCAUCCAAGAUGUUGAUUUAUCUAAGGUUGUAUGUCAUAUGUAAAUAUAUUAUUUCCACUGCCUUUUUACACUUAACAAGAUUCCUCAUGGUACAUGGAUACCAAUUUCAAUGUCUGCUGUAUAUAACUGGCUUAAUUUCAGAUUUCACUGCUAUCUUUGUAGUGGACCAUGUUUCAAUAAAAAGGUUUUGUCAUUACUUUUAACGGAAAAUUGAAUUUCAAAAGGGACUUUAAAAUCUAUAAUCUUUUUAUGUUAAAUAUGUGCAAGAUCACACAGUGGAGAAAUAUUGCAUGUAUAAGUGACAAAAAAUUGUCUGGCGAUUAUUUUAUUCCACCAAAAAGUCUUAUACAGUAUUAUGAGAAAAUGAAUUAUUGUAUCUGUGUAGCUUGGUAUGAUAUAAAAAUCCGUAGGAAAUCUACAGAAAAAAAAAUAAUGUUUUGAAUUAAUUAUAAAAUGAAUAGUACAUGUAGUUAUAUGGCCUAAAGAGUUUGCUACAGUGUAAAGUUAGCUUAUUGUUGCUGUUAUGUUACUGUCUCAUGUAAUGUGAUAAACAUUUUGUUUUCAUUAAGAUAGGAAUCGGUUAAGGAUAAUUAUAUGGAAAGGACCACAAUGUAUUUAUCAGAGAUGUAACAAAAUAAACUUCAUUCAGUU